AUUAUUUUAAUUUGGAAAGAGGCAUAAUGAUUCUGUUGUUAUUGUUGUUGUUGUUUUGAUUUCCUGAACGUUAAAAUUUCGAAAGUUAACUCGCGCAUAUAAAUUCUGAAAGUUGCUUGGAUUGCAUGCUAAUGUGUUAUUUAAAAGCUUUAAAGUAACUUGAGUGUAAGUUAUUACAGAUAUAUUAUAUAAUUGUUUAUAGCGCUGAAAGUAAUGGUGUUUUAGGUUAAUUUAUACUCGUUGGUGUUUAAGGCGACCACAUGAGUUUGUAGCAAAAGUUAUGCCAAAGGUGUUAAAAACAUUGUACGUUUAUCUGGACAUGUAGCUAGUCCGUGCUUCAUUGUUGUGACCUGUUGUCAUGGUGAAAUUUGUGUGCUGAUAGAUGCAGAUUGCAUGGCUGGCAUUGUUGCCAAGCGUACAGAGAUGAGAUGUGAAGUCUGUAAUGUUACUGUUGAGAAUGAGUUAAACCUUAAUCAACAUCUGAAAGGGAAGAAACAUGCAGCUAUGCUAGCACAAAGUUAUGCUUUGAACAAAACAGUCAACUAUUGUGCACCGAGUGCAGUGACAUAUAGCCUGGUUGACAAAGCUGUCAAACAGAAAGAAAAUAAAUGUGAAAUUUGCAAUGUUACUGUGGAGAAAGAAUUCAGCUUAAAGCAACAUCUGGCAGGAAAGAAACACGCAGCUAUGGUUAUGCAGAGAAAAGCAGCAAACAAAACAGUACACGAAGAGAGUUUAGCGACAGACAGCAUGGCUGAGAAGGCUAACAGCUGUGCUAAAAGGAGCUGUGAAUCAAGUCCAGUUAAAGAUGAUAAUGAAACUAAUGUAAAACAUCUGGAAGGAACUGAACGUCCCGAUAUGGUCCUGCAACCUGAUGCUGCAAACAGAACAGCAGAUGAACAGAGUUCAGUGACAGAUGGCAUAGCUGACAAAACUACCAGGCGUGCAGCAGCAUUUAUAUGUGAAAUAUGCCACGUUAAUGUUGCCGGUGAAUUUAACUUGAAACAACAUCUGGAAGGAAAGAAGCAUGCUGCUAUGGUCAGGAAACUAAAUGCUGGAAACAUUAACUUAGAAUUUCAUAGUUUUUUGACAGGACCAGGUGAUACAACUGCAGACAGUCCACCCGAUGAAGAAAGUUCAUGUCACCAAGACUGCCUCGCGGAGUGCGACCCCAGCAUUGAAGAUUUCGACUCCCAGGUGAUCCAGUUCAUGGUCAGGUUCGAGAUCCCGGAACACGUGAGGCACGCUACCUGCGCGAAGCUGUGCCGGGACAUCGACGAGUGUCUGCGGGGCACGUACCCGAGGGGCAGGGCUGUCCCGUUUGGCUCGGUCGUCACUGGCUUGGCCAACCUGCAGAGUGACAUUGACGUGUAUUUCACUGCAGACUAUCAUAAAACAAGCAGUAUGGCGUACGUAACCAGCAUUGACAGAAAAACUGAACAGAAGAUGGUUAGAAAUGUCAGAAGAAUUUUGGGAGGCUUAUUCCCAGCAUAUCAGUGCGUGAUCACGAUACCAGCAGCGAAAGUGGCUUUGGUGAAGUUUUUCCACAGGCAGACCCAAGUGAACUGUGACCUGUCGUUCAAGAACGGGAUCGGCGCGUUCAACAGCAGCCUGGUGAAGUUCUACCUGUCGUUUGACUCGAGGAUCCAGCCCCUCGUCAUGGUGUUGAAGCACUGGGGCCGGCUGUACGAGCUGACCGGGACGGGCCACAUAACCAACUACGCCCUCGUGUGGCUUGUGCUGUACUACUUGCAGCAGCUCGACGAGCCCAUCGCACCCCCGGUCGCUGCCCUCCAGCGGUGGAACGACCGCAGGCGCUUCGUAGACGGCUGGGACUGCAGCUUCAGCAGCAGCGUGCAGUGGCAAACCACCAACGUCUCUGCGGUCCGGGAGCUGCUGGCCGGUUUCUUCCGGCUGUACGCCCGUUUCGACCGGGAACUCCUUGUGAUCUGCCCCCUUCUGGGCCGUGCGUUGCCCAAGAACGUGUUCUGCCACGCCGAGAGUUUGCCUCCGGAGAUGGACGCUUUGAAGCAGAAGAUGACGGGCGGCAGUACCCAAGGACUGAAAGUAACGUCCAAGUUCUGUGUUCAAGAUCCGUUCGUGCUGGAACACAACGUCACGAGCUCGGUGAGCAAGAAGCUCAUGGCGAGAUUCCAGUCGCUGUGUUCUGCUGCGGAAAAAAUUUGUGUAUCAUCGGAGCAGCGGUUGCAAAAUUUGUUUGAAGACUGCUUGAUAGUGGAGCAGACUAUCGAACAAAAUUUGAUCGGGAUUGAAAUAUUCAGUUGUCAGAAGUUUGCCGAAAAUUUGACCGAUGUCUGUUGGAACAUCUCUGUUGAAGAUUUGAAAAAUGUGUGGUACAGUACUGUGUAUAGUAGUGUCGUCGACGUAUUUGAAAAUGUUCUGAAGUGUAAGGUGUGUGACGUAAGUCAAGAUGACGAGGGUUCAGAGGCUAAAGUUCGGAAACUUGACUCACAAUGCGAUGUUUCAAGUAGUGCAAACAAGAGUGAGAAUGAUUUCAGGAGGACAAGGAUUCUUAAGUGCAGUGCAUAUUUUUGUAUUUGGGAUGUAUACAAAGUUGCCACCAGAGACUUCUUCCAGCCAAAGGCAGAAUCCAGUGGAGCAAACUGUAUGGCAAAGAUGUCUUCAAUUGAGAAGCAGAAGGCUAUCACCAAUUUUACAAUGGAAAACUUCAACCAAUAUUUUGGCAAACCACAACCUGAUGAGGCAAAUCCAGUUUUGUCGUUCACGUGCCAGAUUCUCCCCAAACAAAAUCCGAUCCAUGUUUUGUUGAACUUUACAUGUGACAAUAGAGAUAAGUGUGGUUUUGUUUCCCUUGUGGUUUUCUUGAAAAAGAAUUUACCAAAAUGGAUUCAGGAAUGUUAAGUUAUUUUAACUUUAAUUUUUAAAUGUUGAUGUGAAUUUUAAAAUAAACUUUUCAUUUGCUAUUUUAUCUCUGUAGUAAUGGUUCAUUUCAUAUUACUAGCACAAAUUUAUAAUGAGAAACAAACACAUUCAUGAUAAUUUAUAAUUAGAUAUUUUGCAUCCAUCUGUCAGAAGUGGUCAUGGUUGAGUUAUGUUGUGUCAUUUCAUAUUCUAGUGUGGUGAGCAAUCAAGAUUGUGAAUAGCCAUUAAUACACUGUUCAGUCAGAGGUAGAAUAUUAAAAAAUUUAAAUUGUGGAUAUUUACAUGCACAUAUACAUAUUUUGUUUGUAUUGGUUGUUCCAGCAUGCUUCGUAUUCCACUAACUUCUAAUAUUGCAAUUUAUAAUCUAUCAUCAUAUUAAAAUAUACUAUAUUCUUUAAAAAUUAAAAUUAACGGUCUUCAUUAAAUCAACAUGUCCCAGUUUCUCGAUGGAACACAAGGCCAUUUCCAGAUCAAACUGAAUGUUGACAGGUAUCUACCCUAAUUCUUAUUAAGGUUUGCUAACAUUGUUAAAAUAUUCCAAAAAUUUUAUUCAAUUGUGGAUGCUUUUGUAUUUGUUUCAUCACAGUUUACCCUGAAUUUUGUUUGUUACUGUGAAAUUAAUUUCUUGUAUGUAACUGUCUCUCUAUAAAUAUAUUUAUUAAUAUUGUAUGUAUGUAUAUGAGACAGGAAGGUGCAGAUACUUCACAACCCACCCACCCCCCCCCCCCCCUUUUUUUUUUUUUUUGUAUGAAAAUUUGUGCGUGAUUUGCAGACCCUUGUAAAAUAUUAACUGA